CUGCUGCUGGCGGCGUGGCUGUGUGUGUUGCUGGCGGGAGAUCUCAGCAUGGCGGCGUCCGGUGAGGGCUGCUCUCCGCGUGAGGGCUUCUGGCCCGAGGGAUCGAAGGCCGAGUGCGGCUUCGUGCGCGCGGUGCAGGCGCUGCCUCCUAAGCCCAACACCACCGUGCGCUUCUUCGAGCGUGGCGAUUACUACACGGUGCACGGCGUCGAUGCCUUCCUGGCGGCUGAGGAGCUUUUCCGGACGCGGGGGGUGAUUCGGACCCUGGGCGCAGGCACCCAGAAACUUGAGAGUGUUGCAAUUAGCAAGAUGAACUUUGAAUCGUUUUUGAGGGAUCUCCUUCUGGUUCGUCAGUACAGAGCUGAAGUGUAUAAGAACAAAGCAGGAAGCAAAUCUAUCAAGGAGAAUGAGUGGAAACUGGCAUACAAGGGUUCUCCAGGGAAUCUUGCCCAGUUCGAGGAUAUUCUGUUUGGUAACCAUGAUAUGUCAUCUUCUGUUGGUGUUGUGGCCAUUAAGCUGUCCUUGACUGAUGGACAAAAGGUUGUUGGAGUUGGGUUUGUGGAUUCCUUGGUGAGGAAACUGGAAGUGUGUGAGUUUCAUGAUAAUGAUCAGUUCUCCAACCUGGAAGCUCUUCUGGUUCAGAUGGGACCCAAGGAGUGUAUACUCCCUGCUGGAGAGGUUGGUGGAGAUAUGGGAAAACUGAGACAGGUUGUUCAAAGAGGAGGAAUCCUGAUCACAGAGAGGAAAAAGAAUGACUUUUCAGCCAAGGAUGUUGUUCAAGAUCUCAACCGCUUAUUGAGAUCAAAGAGGAAAGAGCAGAUGUCGAGUGCAGCACUACCUGAAAUGGACAAAGAGGUUGCCAUCUCUGCUUUGUCUGCGGUAAUUAAGUACUUAGAACUUCUAAACGAUGAAUCUAAUUUUGGGCAAUUUGAAGUCAAUACCUUUACCCUCAAUCAGUACAUGAUACUGGAUCAUGCUGCUGUCAGAGCACUUAACCUUUUCCACAGUUCUACAGAAAAUGCCCAAAGUACACAUUGUCUGACUGGACUGUUAAAUAAGUGCAAAACACCUCAAGGACAGAGACUAGUGACCCAGUGGAUCAAACAGCCCUUGGUGGACAAGAACAAAAUAGAAGAAAGGCUAAAUUUGGUGGAGGCCUUUGUGGAAGAUGCAGAGCUAUUGCAGUCCCUUCAGGAAGACCUCCGUCGCUUCCCAGACUUCAGUCGGCUUGCAAAAAAAUUUCUAAAGAAAGCCACUCUGCAGGACUGCUACAAAAUCUACCAGGCUGUUAAACAGAUACCUACCGUGAUUCAGGCACUGGACAAGAAUGAAGGGAAACAUGAUAUGCUAUUACAAGCCGUGUUCACAGCGCCUCUUAAUGAGCUACACAGCGAUUUCUCCAAGUUCCAAGAGAUGAUUGAAACAACUUUAGACUUGGACAAGGUGGAAAUCCAUGAAUAUCUUGUGAAACCUUCCUUUGACCCAAACCUGACUGAGCUGAGGGAGAAGAUGGAUAAACUAGAGGAAAAAAUGCAAGCCGUGUUAAAGAUUGCAGCCAAGGAGCUAAGCUUGGAAGCUGGCAAGAACAUCAAGCUGGAGUGCAAUGCACAGUUUGGACACUUUUUCCGAAUUACCUACAGGGAGGAGAGGUCCCUGCGGAACAACUUGAAAUACACUAUCCUGGAUACCCAGAAGAAUGGAGUGAAGUUCUCCAACAGUCAGUUAAAAGAGCUAAACGAAAAAUACAUCAAGUUCAAAGAAGAAUACGAGGAAGGGCAGGAUGCCAUUGCCAAAGAAAUAAUCAACAUUGCAUCAGGAUACAAGGAGCCUAUACAGUUCCUGAACGAUGUCAUAGCCCAGUUAGAUGCGAUUGUCAGUUUUGCCCAUGUGUCGAAUGGGGCGCCAACGCCGUAUGUUCGGCCAACGAUUCUGGAAAAGGGAGAAGGGAGGAUUGUGCUGAAAGGCUCAAGACACCCCUGCAUUGAAGUUCAAGAUGACGUUGCCUUCAUCCCAAAUGACGUGACCUUUGAGAAGGGCAAGCAGAUGUUCCAUAUCAUUACUGGACCAAACAUGGGAGGGAAAUCGACCUACAUCCGCCAGACGGGGGUGAUCGUGCUUAUGGCUCAGAUUGGGUGCUUUGUGCCAUGUGAGUCUGCAGAGGUGACUGUUGUCGAUUGUAUCCUGGCUCGAGUUGGAGCUGGUGACAGUCAACUGAAAGGUGUCUCUACUUUCAUGGCAGAAAUGUUGGAAACUUCCUCCAUCCUUAGGACUGCAACAGAAAACUCGUUGAUCAUCAUUGAUGAGCUGGGGAGAGGAACAUCUACCUACGAUGGGUUUGGAUUGGCAUGGGCUAUUUCAGAAUAUAUUGCCACCAAAAUCAGAGCCUUCUGUAUGUUUGCCACUCAUUUUCAUGAACUGACGGUUCUCGCUGACCAGGUUUCCUGUGUGAAUAAUUUGCAUGUUACAGCACUGACCACUGAGGAGACCCUGACUAUGCUGUAUCGUGUGAAAAAAGGGGCUUGUGAUCAGAGUUUCGGUAUCCACAUAGCAGAACUUGCUGCCUUCCCGAAACAUGUAAUAGAGAGUGCGAAGGCAAAGGCGCUGGAGUUAGAAGAGUUCCAGAACAUCAGAAAGCCCCAAGAGGAUGAUGAGGAGCCAGCGGCCAAGAGAUGCUACAAAGAGAAGCAGGAAGGUGAGAACAUCAUCCAGGAUUUCCUUUCUAAAGUGAAAGCGAUGCCAUUGAAAGACAUGUCUGAAGAGGACAUCAGAGCCAGACUGAAGCAGCUUAAGGAUGAAGUGUUGGCGAAAAACAACAGCUUUGUGAAUGAAAUAAUUUCCCAAAUAAAAGUUACUUCAUGAUAUGGGAAAGCUAGAUGAGAAGACUGCUAUAACAUUUUUCACUUGGAAGAACACAUUGGAUAUGUAGUCAUUGUUCUUCCCUGUCAUGUUUAAUAAGACAAAAUGCAAUAUAAUUGCACUGCAAAUUUCCCAAUUCCUGUAGCUGACACCCAAGAAAAUGGAAAUUUGCAGCAGAAUGUCAGAUUUUUUUUAAAAAAGUAUUAUUAUUUUUGCCAUACUAAAUCUUACAGAAAUGAGCCAGCUCAUUUGCUGGCUUUAGUUGUGACCUCAACAAAAAUAGUGACUAUUUUCUUGUUUACUGGGUGUGGGCAUCUGAUAAUGUAGUUGUAGUAGUAGUAAUAGUGGUAAUAAUGCUUUGUAAUAUUUUGCUCUAGUGCUCUACUCAUUAAAAAAAAAAACCUUCUGCAUCGGUAUAGUCAUGCAGUAUAGGUAUUGGUUAUGCCAACUAAAAGGAUUCUGCUUUAUGACUUGGCUUGGAAUAAUUCCUUUCUUAUUGUGGUAUCAAGAGCAUUAAUCUCCCAGAAACAAAGACAGUUUAUAGAUAGAAAUUCUUGGGCACUUCCUAACAAGGAUAGGCAGUCUUUUGUUGGAUGGCCCCAGCAAAAAAAUGUGUAACUGGACAUGCCAGCCAAACAGGUUUGUGAUUUACACUUUGGGAAUCUCCCCUCCGACUCUUUCUUUCAGAUUCAGUAAACCUCUUUUUGAAUCUCCAUGGAGAACAUUCCCCAGAUAAAUCCCCUGAUUGCUGUUUUGUUUACUAAAAUAAGCUAAUUUCCCAUGACUGUUUUCUGUACAAGUCUAUUAAAAAUUAUUAUUA